GGCGCUGACGCAAAUAUUGUUAUUUCGGUGUUUAUUUCGUAUUACGUGUUUCCUAUUUUACCAUCAAUUGUUUUUAUUGUUAACAAUUUUUUUUUGUGAAUAAAAAUUCAAAUGGAUCGUUGGCUUAACAAAUCAAGAAAUACAGUGGGAUCAUCCUCAUCAGAUGCAAAUGAAAAUAUAUGUAUCACACCGACUAAUAGUGCGAGUUUAAAAAGAGUAAAUAGUCCACCUAACAAUCUGAUACAGCGACAUCUGACACUACAAUGGAGCGAAGGCAAUGGUUGGAAAAACUGCUGGCGUGGUUUCGCGAAUUAAAGAAGUAACAAACAACUGUAGUAAUAGUCAUUGCAUUUUUCAUCGUCAAGCACUUGCUAUUAAAAAGAUGCCAAUACCUCUUAAAAAUGUACUUAAUGAGGCAGUGAAGAUUAUAAAUUUCGUAAAAUCUCGACCAUUGAGCACAAGACUGUUCACAAUUUUGUGUGAAGAUAUGGGAAGUAUGCACAAAUCACUACUUUACCAUACCGAAGUAAGAUGGCUUUCUCGGAGGAAAACACUUGUACGCUUACUCGAAUUGCGCAAUGAAUUGUACGUUUUUUUCACCGAUCACCCAUUUAAUUUACAGCUCAGACUUACUGAUAAAAUGUGGUUAUUUCGACUUAGUUACUUGGCUGAUAUUUUCACAAAAUUAAAUGAAAUGAACUUAUCAAUACAAGGUAAAAUGACCACUGUUUUCACGGCAAAUGACAAAAUUCGAGCUUUAAAAAAAAAAAUUAAAUUUUGGGCUGUGUGUUUUUCUCAACAUAAAAUUGAUAGUUUUCCUUUGUUAAAGGAAUAUUUAGAAUCGAUUGAUGGUAAUAUUGAAGAUUUUGAUAAAAUAUAUGGCGAAAUUGAACAACAUUUAAAUGAAAUAUUAUCGUCAUUAGAAAAAUAUUUUCCAGAAAGUAAAGAUAUAGAAUUUAUCCAACGAUAUAAUUAGGUUAAAAAUCCGUUUUUAAUCAACGAUAAGCCCGAAGAUUUAUCUAUAACGGAGUAUGAAGAAUUUAUUGAAAUAACCACCGGAUUCAUCCAUAAAAACUUUAUUUGAUAAAAUAUCAUUAACAGAUUUUUGGUGCAGUAGCAGUAUUACUAACGAAUAUCAAUCUCUGGCUAAAAAAGCUAUCUCAGCACUUCUUCCUUUCGCAACAACAUAUCUAUGUGAAACCUGAUUUUCAUCAUAUGCAUCAAUGAAAACCAAAUAUCGUAAUAAAUUGGAUGCUGAAGCAGAUAUGCGCAUUCAACUCUCGCCUAUCAAGCCAAAUAUAAAAAUACUGGUCAAUAAAAAAAGCCAACAUCAUGGAUCACAUUAAUAAAUA